GGAACCCUGUACCCGGGGCGCGCGUGAUUGAACGUAAAAAGCAGCUCGUGGUCAGCUCGUUAGUUUCUAAAGUAGUUACAGUCUCAUUAGAGUAGUAGCUUAUUGUAAACAUGGCGACCCCCCCGAAGAGACUCAGCCCACUUCACGCCCCACGCAGAGGGAAGAAGAUCUCCAUCGAGGGAAACAUCGCUGCAGGAAAGUCCACCCUGGUGCGCCUCCUUCAGGGGCAGUCGGAGGACUGGGAGGUGAUCCCUGAACCCAUCGGGAAAUGGUGCAACGUCCAGAAUGACAGUAGUGACGUUUACCAGGAGUUGAGUUCCUCUCAGAAGAGUGGAGGGAACUUGUUGCAGAUGUUAUAUGAUAAACCGAGCCGCUGGUCUUAUACCUUCCAGAGUUAUGCGUCUCUCAGCAGAGUUCGCUCUCAGCUUCAGUCUCCGUCAGUCAAACUUCAGCAGGCUGAAAACCCCGUCCAGUUCUAUGAGCGCUCCGUCUACUCGGAAAGGUACGUGUUUGGGUCCAACCUGUUUGAGUGUGGUAAUUUGACGGAGACUGAGUGGAGUGUUUAUCAGGACUGGCACACCUGGUUACUGAACCAGUUUGAAUCCGACAUCGCCCUCAACGCCAUCAUUUACCUGAGGGCUCAGCCACAGUGUUGUAUGCAGCGUCUGCUCCAUCGAGGUCGGGAGGAGGAACAGACUCUUCCUCUGGAGUUUCUUGAACAGCUUCACUUUAAACAUGAAGCGUGGCUCUUACACAGAACCCUGAGGUUGGACUUUCACUACCUGAAUGAACUUCCUGUUCUGGUUUUGGACGUCGAUGAUGACUUCAAGACCGAUCUUAUCAAACAGGAAGCCAUCUUGGACCAGGUCAGGGGGCUCCUGUCCUCGCUGUAGAGCUUCAUCAACACGUUUCCUGUCAAUGUUUCUCAAUGAAAUGAAACUGUGUGUGUGUGUGUGUGUGUGUGUGUGUGUGUGUGUGUGUGUGUGUGUGUGUGUGUGUGUGUGUGUGUGUAAUUCUGUUUCUGCUGGAAUAAAGAAAGUCAGACUGA